AUGAUUAGCAACAAGUCAUUCUGCACUGAAAUUGCUCAUAACAUCUCCUCUAAGAACCACAAAGCCAUUGUGGAAAGAGUAGCCCAGCUUGCCAUCAAAUUGACAAAUCCCAGUGGAAGACUGUUCAGUGAGAAAAAAUAA